AGUACCCCAAAAAAUAAAAGUGUCGUCUGCCUUUGCGCUAUGGAAGAUUCACUUGUUGAACUUUAAACAGACUUUUAGACAUGUCGCUACUCCUCAUACUUCCCCUGACCCUGUGCCUGUGGAUCCCAGCUUGUCUCUGCAGGGUAACCACAGAUGAAGAGUUUGCAGUCCUGGAGGGUCGAUCCCUUGCAAUCCCAUGUCAUUACGAGCCCCAGUACGCCGGAUAUGUAAAAUACUGGUGCCAUGGGCGUAGCAGGGAAUUCUGCACCAGCUUAGCUCGCUCAGACGACCCACGUUCAUCCAACUUGGCUGAGGACAAAGUCAGCAUUUUUGACGACCCGGUCCAACUGGUGUUCACUGUGACCAUGAAAAAUUUAAAGGAGGGGGACUCUGGGUGGUACAUGUGUGGCAUGGAGGUCGGCGGUAUGUGGAGUGCUGAUGUCGUGGCAUUCACUAACAUCAACAUCAUUCAUGGUAUGUCGGUGGUGAACAGCAGACUGAGUGGAGAGGAGGGAAGUAGUGUCACAGUUGAAUGCCUCUACAGCGAGAGAUACAGAGAAAGUGAAAAGAAGUGGUGCCGGAGUGGAGACUGGAGCUCCUGUCUGCUGACGGAUUCUGAAGGGAACUACCAAGACACUUCAGUGGCCAUCAGCGAUGACAGAACUGGGACUUUCACUGUAACCUUAAAGAAGCUGCAGAUGCGAGAUACGGGCUGGUACUGGUGUGGCGUAGGACAGCAGCAGAUAUCCGUGCACGUGCUCGUCACGCCUCGACCCUCGACUACACCAGGACCUGUGACAAGCCCAGCUUCUACUGAAAACCUGCCUCCACCUGAACCCAUUGCAAAGCAGUCCUGGAACCCACACAGUCACAUCUUGGGAGCUCUGCUGGUCUGCGCUUCCCUCAUGUUCUUUGUGGGAUUUGCCAUAUUUGCAAAAAAGAUGUGGAACCUGCACAAACAAGAUGUUGCACAAAGACAGAUCGAGGGAGUGAAAGCAAGACUCAAUGACUGUUCAGGGGACGUAGACGAUCUGGAAACUGCCACCAUUGUUUUCCUCAACACAAAUUCCCAGCAUUCACAGGUGGUGGUUUGAACUAUGCAAAAACACAAUUUCCUUAACUGUUUGGAAUUUUCUGCGACUGAAACUGAAUGUAAUUAUAGUUCGGCAUGUUUACUGCACGUACACAGCCUGGUCAAAAAAGAAAGUCCCACUAACAUUUCGCUGGACUGUAUUUAGUUUGAAUUGCAACUAGGGCUGCACAAUAUUGGAAAAAACUGACAUUGCGAUUUUUUUUUUUUAACCCUGCAAUAUAUAUGUUUCAAUAUGGAAAAAUACUCAGAAGGAUAUAAUAGUUGUGUGGUGCAGACAAAAAUGUUAAAACAAAUUAGUUGUGUUUCCUCUCUUUGUGGCAACGAGUGCAUUAAGGUACUAUCGACACAGAACAAGUGUUUCGAUAUCAUCCUUCUUGUAGCCGAAAUAAUUCCAGAUAACUGACGUUGCUUUUCUUUUUGACACCAACUCUUACUUUUUGGUGAUUUUCUCUUGUUUGUUGCUAAUUUUUCAAUGUUGUUACCAGCGACUCACUCCGUGUGCAGGGGCAUGGUCUGUUUCAGCAAACUAAUUAAGAACGAUUGUGAUUGGUGAAUCGCUGUGUGCAGUGUGUGUCAGUUACCCUUGAAACUAGA